AGGUGUUCAAAUCGCCGUGUGAAGGAAGCUUUGUGGGAUUUUUUUGCCAAAAUCCAUUGUCCAUCUUGAUAGAGAAAAAAACGCGGGGAAUUUCCUCACCAACUGAAUGGUAUCCGUUACCAGUGCAUUGAUUUGAACUAGUGAGUGAUACAUCGCUCGGAAGAUGAGGCAGGAGGCGCAUUCUGUGCUAAGUGAAACGGAAAAGACACCGCAUGUAACCGAAUCAACAGGUGAAACCUUGACUACUCCCAGUCAUGUGGCGCUCACCGGGUCUGGAGAGAAAUUCAAGCAGAGUAUGGACGAAUUCCUCACGAAAGCAGCGGCAAAGAUGCAUGUUCCCGUUGGAGCUGUCAUUGCAAUGGUCAUCGGGAUCAUCCUGUUCGCGCUCCUCAUCCUUUUCUGCAUUUGCAAACGAUGUGUUUUCAAACGACGUAAAAAGGAUCGUGGAGGAAAGAAGGGAAAGGCCGACAUGCGGAAUGUCCAAUUAUUGGGAAAGGGACUGGGAAAAGACAAGGAUGACUUGGAAGAGCUUGAAACACACAUGGAAGACAACGAGGGCGCAGAGGAAAAAGAAGAGGUUCAUCUGGGAAAACUCCAGUACUCCAUCGACUACGAUUUUAGCCAAGGCGUGGUAUGUUCAGAUUUCGAUUUUUCCGUACCAUACGCAGAAGUGGCAGGAAAAACGCUGGUCUUUAACGUGUACGACUUUGAUCGAUUUUCAAAACACGAUCAGAUUGGUCAGAUUCAAGUGCCCUUGGGCUCUGUCGAUCUAGCUCGCGUCAUUGAGGAAUGGCGAGAUCUGAGUCCACCGGAUGAUGAUGAAAAGGAAAACAGGUUGGGUGAUAUAUGCUUCUCGCUGCGCUAUGUACCAACGGCUGGCAAGCUCACUAUCAACAUUUUGGAAGCCAAAAAUCUAAAGAAAAUGGAUGUCGGUGGAUUAUCAGAUCCAUACGUCAAACUGUCACUCAUGUUGGGAGGAAAACGGAUCAAGAAGAAGAAAACGACCAUAAAGAAGUGUACACUGAAUCCGUAUUAUAACGAAUCUUUCGCUUUUGAGGUACCUUUCGAACAGAUUCAGAAAGUAUCGCUGAUUGUAACGGUCGUUGAUUACGAUAGGAUCGGGACAUCGGAAGCGAUUGGCCGCGUAUGUCUUGGGUGCAAUGAGACCGGAGCUGGCCUUCGCCACUGGUCGGACAUGUUAGCCAAUCCCCGUCGCCCCAUUGCACAGUGGCAUACCCUUCAACCAAUGCCCGAGAAAAGUUAGUGGACACCAGAACAAUCCCCAUGUCAAACCGUCAGUCUACCCGUCAGAUAGAUCAAAGCGCCUAUCUGCUUUUUUCCUCUAGACAUGCUCACCAACCAAUCUAACCACCAAUCUGCACCUUCUAAUCUCUAGUUUACCUACCUGUUUCGUUUCCCCCACUCUUCGGUUGGGCAAUCGAUGCGGGAGGACUAUGCUCGUCCAUCUACUUAUGAAAUUGCAGGCGUGUGUCAGGUUUAUCCACACUGGUACACACACCGAUUGAUCUGUUUUGAUAAAUAUUAUCUCUUGCACGUUUAUGGUUCAGCCAUAAGCAAAAACAAAUUACAACUCCCUCUCUCUCUCUCUCUGACCUGUUGCCCAUCAUUAUACAAGUCCAAAUUCUAACAUUGUCCAUCGCCCAAACACACAAUCGUGAGUGUCUUUGUUAAUGCGCCACAAAUGUCGUUCAGUGCUUACGGUCUUCUUGUUCAAAAAGACUGCGUUUACUUUGCUUGUUGUGAACUGGCGAUACAGCACCACCAACUGAACGUACGCCCCACCCUUCCACGUUGUUAUCCGUGUUCUGUUAUACUGCGAUUUUCCUGCUAAACCUCCCAUUUUUUCUCAAUUUUCGUCCUUGAUUUUGUUCAAACGCACCUCAAAACAAAAAAGCCAAAUGUUU